AUGGUUCUAAUAUAUGUCAAAUCUGGUGAAUGGAUGUCUAGUUCCAGCGAGGAGUGGAGUUUCGUGGUAGACAAAGACAGGCGUGGUCGAAUGGUGACAUUAGAUGCUACAACUCUGUUGGAGCGGCUCAAGAUCAUGGUGUGUGAGGAUUAUGGCGUGGAACCGAAUUCUGUUAAUGUUGAGUUGAGUUUUGAGAUGGUGAAUCAGAGAGGGAAUCCUCCCAUUAUCAUCAGCAAUGAUCGACAAGUAGCUAACUUUAUGGGCUAUGCGAAGAAGGGUUUAGGUCCUACCUUGUGUGUCACGUUCUCUAGUAGUGGUGUGAAUCAAAAGGAACGAGUCAACAUCGAUUUGAAUAAGGAGCCGUGUGAUUCAAGUAAUAUUGAGGAUGAGGAAGUUCCUGAAAUAAAUCCAACAGAUUUUGUCAAAGCGUCAAAGGAGCCUUGUGAUACAAGGAAGGAGCAAGUCGCUGGGGAUGGUUGUGGUGACGAAAACAGAGACAGUGAAAACAAGAGUUUUCAAAUCAUUACUGAAAAGGAUGGUAAAUCUUUGCGCCCAGAUUUUGUGAAGAAGGAUCAAAUUUUCAGAAGUAAAAUGGUUCUUAAAGCAACAAUGGAGAUUUGGGCGAUGAAGCAUCAUUUUGAUUACACUGUUAACAAAUCUACUAGAAAGUGGUGGUACAUUCGAUGUAAGGAUAGAUUGUGUAACUGGGCUGUGCGUGCGGGAUGUCUGGAUGGGUCUACAUACUUCAUGAUCAACAAGUGCGAGGGAAGACAUACAUGUGCUCCUUCGAAGAGAAGCAAGUUUGGGAAAACAGCAUCGGCAAGAACAAUUGGGAGUCUGAUACAACAUCGAUUUGAUGAUUCAAAUGAAGGCCCAAAAUCAAACGAGAUCAUUCAAUUUAUGAGAAUGGAGCACAGUGUUGAGAUCACUUAUUCGCACGCUUGGGAAGCUCGUGAGUUUGCAAUAGCAGCUGUUAUAGGUAUACCAGAUGAAAGUUAUGCUAAAAUACCUAAAUAUUUGCAUAUGAUCAAAGAAGCUAAUCCUGGUACGCAUACUCACUAUGAAACUGCUGACGAUGGGAGAUUCUUGUAUCUAUUUAUGUCGUUUGGGCAAUCAGUUAGAGGAUUCUACAAUACAAUGCGUAGGGUGAUCGUUGUAGAUGGAACGUUUCUGAAAAAUAAAUACAAAGGAGUUCUACUUGUUGCUACUGCUGUUGAUGGUAACUCUAAUCUGUAUCCGUUAGCAUUUGGAGUUGUUGAUUCAGAGAAUGAUGAUUCAUGGGGGUGGUUCUUCAGACAAUUGAAAGAGGUUGUUGCUGACUCCAACGACUUAGCUUUUGUUUCGGAUAGAAAUUCAUCAAUCGCUAAAGCUAUUGCCACUGUCUACCCUCGAUCAGCACAUUGA